AUGACUAGAAAUGGUGAAUAUUGUUGUGGGUUGUACCUACUAGCUAGGAAAUUUAUUCUUGGAACACGAUAAGUACAGGUUUUCCCGUGACCAGCUACCUGAACUACCCCGUGCUACAACCAAACUUACCUACAAUAGCAACUUUUAUCUUCUAUUUUUAAUUCCCUUAUGUAUUUAUAUUUUACUUUACUCUUGUUCGUUUAUUCCCGCUGUUUGGUUGUAGUUUCCUACUUAAUCCCUUCUUUUUCUCUAUUUUUUUGACUUCUUUACUUUCUUCGUGCAACCAUCUUUUUUUUCUUUUUUUUCUAUUUUUAUUCAUUUCUAUCGUAGAACCACCGCUCUUCUUUCUAACACUAUAUUCUCAUGCAUGCCCUGUCGUUUCCUGUAGUUAGUUUUUUAUUUUUUUCCGCGAAGUUAACGAUAAAAGCGAAUUCGUUUUUAUCAUUACCUUUCGCCCUUCUCUUAUCACCCCAGCCACCCCCGUUUUCAUUGCUUUCGCCUAGCCGUUAGCCCCCGAGUGCCAGUUGUUGAGUAAGUGUUCCAACCACCGUUUUUUUGGUCUUGCUCAGACCUUUUUUGUAUAUAUAUAUUUCUUGCCUGUAUUUGUAUUUUUUUCACUGUAUAUGUUUUGUUUCAUGUUUGUUCUUACUUAUUGUUAUUCUAGAUGUAGUGUUAGUAUAUAAGUUAACUAGGAAAAUAUGGAAGGUGGGGUACAGAAGACAUGGAAAUGGCCUUAACAGCAUAUAAGAGUGGUGUAAAAAGUUUAAGUGAAUGUAACCGAGAUUACGGUAUUUCAAAAGCGACCCUUCUGCGACAUAUUAGAAAUACAAAUAAAACUGCUAAGGGAUCUCGCAAGGUGUUAGGCCGAAAUCCUACAUUCAACAAAGAAAUCGAAAAAUUAUUGUGUCAUCAUAUACUGGAAUUUUCAUGGGGUUUGUUUGGAUUGACUAUUAGAGAUGUCCGCAGGUUAGCGUUUGACCUUGCCGAAAAGAAUAGCAUUCCUCAUCAGUUCAAUAAAGAAAAGAGGGCAGCAGGCAAGAAAUGGUACUACAAUUUCAUGAGAAGAAAUGAAAACUUGUCACUACGUCAGCCUGAAUCCACCACGCUUAACCUAAUUAAAGGUUUUAAUAAACAAAAUAUUACGGAAUUCUUUGACUUGUUGCAAAAAUUAUGUGACACACACAAAAUAGAUGCAACAAGGAUAUUUAACAUGGACGAGUCAGGCUUUUCAACCGUAGCCAAGAAAUGUCAGAGGGUUAUAGCUCUAAAAGGUGUGAGGGCAGUUGGAUCCGUUUCAAGUGGUGAGCGUGGUGUAAAUACCACAGCAGUGUGCUGCGUUAGUGCAGCAGGAAACAAGGACUACAACGAUGGCUCCUACAUAAUUGACCAUGAGAAUCUAAAAUAA